UUGAGGUCCCCUAACCGGAAGAAAUGGAAAAUGAAAGUUAAACUUAAAAGUUGGACUGCUGUGGCAACGUGGCGCUGGGUUGCAAAUGAUGACAACUGUGGAAUCUGUCGUAUGGCAUUUGAUGGUUGCUGCCCAGAUUGCAAACUUCCCGGAGACGAUUGCCCUCUAGUGUGGGGCGAGUGUUCCCAUUGUUUCCAUAUCCACUGCAUCGUGAAGUGGCUUAACUCCCAACAGGUGAACCAGCUUUGCCCAAUGUGUCGACAGGACUGGAAGUUCAAGGAAUAAACACUAAACCUUACUUGGCCAGG